AUGACAAAAUCACAGCACACAGCUUAUGGACCAGGAUCUUUCAAAACCGAAUUUGACAAAAGGCUUAAAGGAAGGUCAUUAAAAAUAAAUAAAGAAAUGAGUAUGAAGGCCUUGAGAUUACUUGUAAAAAAUGGACUACGAAUGGAGAAAGAGCUUUUGGGACCGUUUGACAAUGCCGUCAAAGAAGCCGAAAGGUUAAUCGAAUCAAAGAAAGAACUUGAAAUCAAAAAUAUAAUAAAAGAUGCCGAAUUGGUUGGAGAGAUUGCAAAAAAAUUAUUGAAAGAAUGUUAUCCGACAUUCGAAGAAGUGGUGAACGACCUUUCGAGCGUACAGGGAGUUGACGGACCGCUUCAACAACUUGAAACAAAGUAUACCGGUAUAUCUGCGGAAAUUAAACAUGCGAUACGGAUCAAUUCUGAUUCUUGGAAGGCCUUGAAAGUCCGAUAUGUAUUUACAUCUCUAAUCAUAAGGGAGGUGUUUUCUGGCAAUAAAAAUGAAAAUACGGAAGAAAUUAAAGAAUCGGCACUUGGUACUUUCUAUGGAUUACUGAUGGAUAAUGAAAAAGACCCUUAUCAGUUGGUGAAAAAGUAUACCGAAAAAUCACAAUCGGGAAUUCUCGGUUACUUUUAUCAACUUUUCAAGGACACAUUGAAAUUAGAUCAGAAUCAUAUAUACACAGUAUUUAAUAGUGCUGUGACUUUAUCUGCUAAAACUCCUGAUGAGAAAUUCUUGGACAACCUUCUAAAAACGAAGUCCUUUGACACCUCAAAAGAGAUUAAGCAAAAUAUCAUUAACGAGUUCUUGAUGGAAUAUUCAAAAUGGAGAAAGGACGUCUUCCCUCUUAAUAUUAAAAGAAUAGCCCCAAAGUAUUCCGAUAGAAAAGUAGAAAUAACCAAGAAAUAUGAAGAGGAAUUGCUAAUGAAAAAACACGAAAUUGAGGAACGAGAGUUUGAAAGAAUUCGUUUAGAAAUUGAAGGGAAAUUCCCUACAGGGUAG